AGGUACUGUAGUGACCUAUUUGUAACAGAACAUUUCUAUUCGCUUCUCAACUGUGACUUUGUUCCUUCUUCCUACUGUGCCGUAUCUUGUCGUUGACUGAUCGUGACAACCUCAUGGAACUAGAAAUAGCGUCUUAUCAUCUUACACUAUGAAUCCAACACCUCCGCCGUAUGAGGAGGUUCCUCAGACCAAAUUGUUGCCUGGGGAUACCCAUGAAUCACAUCGCCAUUUGCUACCGCCUUCGCCAUCACCAGACGUCUUGUCUUCAAAGGUUGAUGGUUCGAGUUUUGAUGACUUUCGCCGAAUGUCUUCGAGUCCAUCUCCAUGCCCCUCGCCAAUACCUCUAAGACAAUUCUCACACCAAGGACUCGAUUUACCAGUCGAAACUCCACCGUCGAAAUGGAGACAGUUUUGGAUAAGGAAUAAGCCCGCUGCCUACGUUGCUCUAUCGCAAUUCUUCGGGGCACUGAUGAACCUCAGUGCUCGUUUAGUCGAACUCGAGGGCGACGGCAUGCAUCCCGUUCAGGCCCUGCUUAUGAGACACUCCAUCACAGCACUAUUCUGUUCGGCUUACAUGUGGUGGAACAAAACUCCUGAUUUCCCCUUUGGAAAGAAAGAGAUUCGAUGGCUGCUGUGGUUGCGAGGAGCAAGUGGUUUCUGGGGUAUUUUUGGCGUUUGGUAUUCGAUGAUGUAUAUCUCACUCGCUGAUGCUACUGUUAUCACAUUCUUGGCUCCUGGUGUUGCAGGCUUUAUCUGCUGGUUUGCUCUCCGUGAGCCUUUCACUAGAAUUGAGCAACUUGCCACGUUGGUUGCUCUUCUAGGUGUUGUACUAAUUGCUCGGCCUGCCUCGCUAUUCUCGAGCUCUGACGAUGAAAACUCGACUACCGAGCCGCCGGAAUCUGGUGGUAUACCAGGUAUUGACCAUGAAGCCACCCCUGAAGAACGCUUGAUAGCUGUUGGUAUAGCCCUUCUGGGUGUUCUGGGAGCAGCUGGCGCCUUCACGACCCUCCGAACCAUCGGGAAACGAGCACAUCCUCUCAUCUCAGUCAACUAUUUUGGUAUCAUCUCGACCUUCAUCGCUCUAUCCAUGCUCAUCUUUGCCCCUAUCCUCGAUAUUCAGCAACCGGGUCUACGAUGGGUUACUCCAACCACAGUCAAGCAAUGGGCGCUGCUGCUUCCCCUGGGUGUCAUGGGUUUCAUCAUGCAGUAUCUCCUUACGGCAGGCCUCGGGGCCGACAAGUCAAACCGUGCUAAUUCCAUGGUUUAUACACACAUGCUUUUCGCCGCAAGCUUCGAUCGAUGGGUUUUUGGACACAGAAUGGACUUCAUUAGUGGUGCAGGAUGUACUCUUAUUCUAGGAAGCGCUAUUGGCGUCGUCAUGCUCAAGAAACCACCAACUGCAAAACAGCCUUUGGAUGAUGUUGAGAGACAUGGGAAUUUGGAGGGUGAGAUGGAGGGCUCCCCAAUGCUGGUGCCCGAUUCAGGGGCGUCAGAGGAACUGAGGCUUUCGAGAUGAGAGUUCAAAAAUAGUUUGAAUAUUUGUAUACACCACUUAGAAUGUCUGAAAUAUUAAGGUUGGGCCGCCGCACCUCAACAAGUGCCACACUCUAUUUCGACUUCUGGAAUGAGUCUACUCAACUCUGUUGUAGGACUUUCAUGAUUAGCGAGACAAGGAUGAAUCAGGUGUGAUUGCGGGAGUGGCUCCUAUGCUCAGUUUAUGCCGAACCCAUCUGAGUGGCGUUGUAUUUGCUGUCUCCUGAAUGGACGAAUGUGACUAUCUAUGA